CUUCUGCUUCAUCCAAAACCAUAAAUGCCCUUCAAUGAAUACUGUGACUCCAGCUGUGACCAACAUUUACCUACCUGAAACUGUAAGCGUCUCUUCCGGCUUCUCCUUCAGGUAGGGUGGAGCUGUCUGUACCUGGACUUUGCGACACAACACAGAAGAGAGUGAUUCAAGUGUGUCCAGUAAUGGCGUUAUAGACGGACUUCGGGGACUUUUAUCGACUUAAAUUCACGUGUGACGUUAGGUGACGUUAUGAGCCAGCCUCCCCGCUCAAACCGGGGACACCGGGAGAGAAACGGAGACCAUCGACACUACCGGGAGUCACAUGAUGAUAGACCGCCAUCAGCAGACAGGACUUCCUCUCGACCCCCUUACUACCCCAGAGAAUCUGACUCCCCUUCAAAACAUCAUCGGGAUGUACGGGAUGUCCCACGAGUGGAGCAUCAUGAGUCCAAAUGCACAAGCAUUUGCUCCCGCAGAGGAAUUGUGUUGAUCUGUGCUGUUCUGACAAACAGCCUGGUGCUGAUCUGCGUGGUUGCGGCUCAGAUGGUGACAUCAGGCAUGUCUGCCAUGGGCGGCCUCGGCGGCUUCGACAUCAACAGUAACUUCAACCUGCAGGGCACCGAGCUGCAGAAGGUACGAGAGCUAGACAGCCAGUACAGCCAGAUGAGGGCGCCGGGCAUCUAUGGCGGCAUCGCCUUCAGCCUCGUAUUUGGAGUCCUCUCCUUGCUGUUUGUGGUGGCUGGGAACAAACCGCCUCAUCUGAUGUCUAAAAAGCUUCUAUAUGGAUCUCUGGCGUUCCAGGCGGUGGGUGCAGUGGCGUAUGUAGUGGCUGUGGGGCUCUACCUGCACUUCAUCAUGGGGGUCAACGCCACAGAUGUUUGUCUGCAGCGUGAGAGAUUAUACGCACGCAACGGCUACACCUGGAUGAACUGUGAUGUUAGCGGAGCGGAUGCAGCAGUGGCUCUGUUCGGGCUCAUCACCGCCAUUUUGUACGCCGUGGGCACAGGACUCACUUUCCAGACGAUCAGAGGAGUGAAGCGCUACUGGCAGGAGCGGAAACGUAGAGAAGCAGAGAGGCAGCAAGCCCGAGCAAACCCUCAGAGAGCCCCACUGAGGUCUGAAACCACUGCCGUGUGAGAGGAAAAUGGACAAACAAAGCCUGAAAGCUAUGUUUAAACCUAACUGAAGGGGUCUGGUAUCAUUAAGCUGACUCAUUUUUAACCCAAGGGUAAAUCUAAACUGCCUGGAUUAUCUUCAGAGCAUUAUGAACAGAAGUGCUCCAUUUACAAGACUGUGAAUAUGAAAUAACCACAUGAAGUUUUACAUUACUUUUUAUGAGAACUGUUCUUUAUUAAAGGAGCCCUUCCUUUUACAGUAGAAGAGAGUGUGGAUGAAUUAUGGUAUGUGGUUCGUUUGAAUGGUCUGGGUUUACACCAGGGUACCCACAACGUCCCAAAGAAACCUCACAAUGUUGCUCAGAACAGAAUGCAUCCUCAUCAGUCACCUUUUUUGAACAGUGGCUAGUUUCUUAGCUCUCACCGGAUGUCUGGACAGGCACACUAAAAGCCUUUUUCACAUCUUUUUUGCAUUCCUGGAAAUUUCUAGAAAAUUUCCGGUCAGACCCUGGGACAGUGGGUCUCAGGAAGCAGGACAACAUUUUACAAGCAGCAUGGAAAAGGCUGACAAAGCAACAGUGUCCUAUGCUUUGAUAAAAGUGACUGCUUUUAUAACUUUAUAACUAUGCUGCAUGAAACUGGAUAGAGUCAAGGUGCCAGCAAAUGGGUGGUGACCUAUGGACAUGCUUGAAAGCAGAGAACAUAAUGAAGCAGUUUCACUACACUGACAACAAUCACACUCGUCACAUGUUGUAAAUGUCAUCACCCCUGCUUGUUUGUUGUUUUGCUGCUUCUCACAUCGACUCACUCUGACUUGGUCUGCAAUUGAAUGGAGCAAUCCAUUUUGGUACUUUGCCCAAGCGAUGGCAGCCCUCCUCAUUUCUAAGUGAAAACAUUCCAUCAAAAUCAGCAGUGGUAAAUGGGAAAGAUAUGAUCUUAAAUGAUUUAAAAGCUUAAAAUAUGAAUGAGGACUUUUCUAAACAAGGUUUGGCAUUGUAAAGUAAACCAAAUUAUGAGUGUCUAUUUAGACACGGUCUGUCUUGACAAAUGUCCCCAUCUUGUGACCAGAGGUGUCAUAAACUGAUGUUGCUUAUGUGUGUAUUUAAACCAGGUCUGAUGAGUUGGAGCUUUUGAAACAUAAUUAAUAUGUUUGUGAAUGUGUGAACACUCUGUUGACAGGCAGGCAGACCACAGCUCCUGCUGUCACAGAGAGAUCACUGACUUAAAAUCAGUAGGAACACACCAGUCCCACAUUUGACUACUUUACUCCUCUGUAGUCUCAGCCCAAAGCCACAGAGCUCUUCUUCUUCACUCUUUUGUCAUUUAAGGAUAAAAACAUGUUGUAAAUGCUGUCUUUUUAAACACAAUGCUAUCAUGUUUGAUAACGUUGCCACAACUUUUUUUUUUAACCCACUGCCAUUCUGUGUUUUCAACCAAAUAGGGCUUUGGUUGCUCUGGAUUGCAAGAGGUAUGUUGGACUGCUCUUAUCCAACCAAUGUUGAUUUUCAGGCCUGUGAGUGGGUAAUGAGACUAAUAACUGAUAUUGAGAACUGGUGUGCAAAUGAUUCAGCACUGUGGAACUCAACUGAACCAUCUUUGACCUCAAAUUGCAUUCAGAUUUUUUAAAAUCUGUCCAUGUCAGCCAAAUGUUUUUAGUAAAAAAUGGGGCUGUUUGGACUUGAGAUGGAACACAGUAUGUGGCAGAACAAAGAUCUGGAAACAUCUCUUUCAAAAUAAAAGCAUAUCAUAAACUAUUUACCACAUUUUUCUAGCCACACGUCUGUGGCCUGUUGAAAAUUGCUUUGCAACCAGUAUAUUUGGCAUAUUGUGGAUGCACCAGAGUAGCUUGCUUUUUAAUCUAUUUUUAGAUAAUACCCCAAAUAUCAGCCUUGAUCACUGGUCAGGCUCACAGUUGAUCAACCCUAAGUCUACAACACUAACGCCUCAUUAAAUUAAGCUGUUUAUUUUCAUUAGUAUCUUGUUGAACUCCUACAUAAUUAGUUCUGAUGAAUAAUACACCGAGUAUCAGUGCAGAAUAGAUAUAAUAAAGCAAUUAUUAGGGAUGAAAGUUAUCCAACUUUCAUUGUCUUUUAUGGAAAUUGUAAGUGUGCAUGCAUCCAUACAUUUUACCUAUUAUACUAAGUAAAUUCAGGUUGUUAUCUCAAGAUCUUUACUUACUUUUGUCUUAUCUUGAAACAACAACACUGGUUUUCCUAUAAUAAAGAGAUAAUUCCUGAAGAUCUCAUAAAAACAACCGAGAUUAAUUUGUUAUCACAGGAAAAUUGAUUGUCCUCUUCAUUUUUUUAUUUUAUUUUUUUUUUUACAGAAAAUGAAUCUAUUUCAUAUUUUUUGCUUUCCUUUCUCGUUUCACUAUUAAGAAACAUUAAAUACUCCAGUUGUAUUUAGGAUGAAGCUGCCUUGCAUUGGCUUUAAUUCUAAGUGAUCUGGCUUCUAAUAGUUCCAGUAAAAGUGCUUCAAAAGCUUUAGGGCCAUAAGUGCUUUCUCAAUAGAGCCAGGUAGAUCAAAUGGAUCCAGGUUUGAAUGUAACUUUUAUUGUGAAAGGUUGUGUUUUAUUUUGUGUUUAGAGAUUAAGAUGAAUGAUUUUAAUGUUUUUGAUUAAUGUGCUUUUAUAUCAAGAGUGACUUUAUGAUGUAAAGUUUUUGAUAUUGAAACUGUACAAGGAUUUACCCAACCAAAUUAAACUUUUAUUAGUCUGA